GCAAACAAGCAUAAAGUAGUGCAGGCUAGUUAAUCCUGAUGAUAAUCGCGUGUGCGUGCCCGCGUGCACGCCAGUUUCCUUCAAUAUGAGAAACGAAACUUAACUGGAGCUUAAAAGGGAGACAGAGGAAGACAUCAUUUUUAAACCUCUAGAAAGAGAGAGGGAGCGCACGAGCGCGCGUCACUCAGGUAACAGACAACGCUGGAAUUUCCAGAACUGAGCACACAGCAUUGUGAAGGCCACCUUUCCCUGUGCACUUUUACUGAUUUUAGGGACAUGAAGGUAUCAGAAUGGCAGAAAGUGGCUCCACACUUUCGCCUCUUUCAAUGACACAUGACCUCCGGCUUGGUUGCGAUGAAUGUUGUAUCAAGAAGAAUGAAAUUACAUUUGCUUUAAAAGGACAGUUUAAACACCGGUGCAAACGGAGCAUUCUUCUCUGCAAGACUAAAGGAGGGACAGUAUGGAGGCCUGUUUCUCCACGACCAACAUUUCCAGUCCCAAGAGUUUACGAGGUUUGUUGGCACUUUCAGGAGGGCAGAGGCUGCACAUGGCAUGGAAAGCACUGUACGUUUGCACGUAGCACAGAGGAAGCCGCAGUGUGGAUGUUUGAGAAGCAGUAUGGGUUCAAUCACCAGCUGCUUUGCAACCGACUGGCUCUUCCAGAAAGCCUUCCCCAGCAGCCCCCGGAGCAGCUGGGGAAGGACCUCUUUGCAGAGCUGGAACUGAAAGUUGUCUGUGAUCUGUGUGCCAUCAAAGUCAAGGAGAUCACGUACAAAAUACAAUCAGUUGUACAUGAGUGUAAAAGAAAACUGCUGUUGGCCAAAGGGAAAUCCUCCGAAGUCUGGCGGCCUGUCUCUGAGAGGCCCACGGGGGGGAAUAUUGGUCAAAACGUCCUUUACAAAGUAUGUGACCACUAUACUGAGGAAUCUGGUUGUCCAAAGCAUCUGCUGGGUCAGGGAUGCAGCUAUGCCAGGACUUAUGAAGAAGCUGCCGUGUGGAACUACACUAAAGAGAAACAGAUCCUUCAUGUUGAUCUCCUAAGACUGGUGUCUGAGUCGGAAGGUGUGCCCUUGACUCCAGAAAUCGCAGCGAAGAAGAUUCUGCAGCAGUUUUCUGGUGAAUUCAUGGAGCUAUGCAAAGACUGCUUCCAUUCCCGCCCUCAAACGCAAGCAGGAAAACGAUGGAGUAACUUCUGCUCUGCGGAUGCAUCCCACCUCUGGGAUCCAGUCCUAGUUCACCACCCAUUAGAAACUGGUACCAAGUGUGAAUACAACCAGGUUCGCCCGCUUCGACCAAAUUGCACGUUCAAGUACUGCGGACACAUUAGAGCGGGGAAGCCAUGCUGGCACCCGCCUGGCCACUGCCUCUCAGCCCAGAGUGAGGUGGAGAUGGCCGUGUGGAAGGCAGAGCACAGUGGCCUCGAUGUUCGGCCUCACCUGCUGCAGCUGAGUCAAUCGAAGUCUGCUCGGUCCAAACAGGUCACCAUGUACUGCAAAGUCUGCCUGCUAGAAAUGACCUCCCCUGAGAGUUUUUACCAGCACUGCGCCACACAGGAACACGCCCAGCUCCUCGCACACAACACCACUGUCAGGUGGAAAAAGCGCCGACCUCCACACGGCCACAGUGAAGAGUUCUGGCUGUGCGACAGACCACAGACAUGCGAGUAUGGCCACAACUGUCCCAAAGCUCAUUCCCAAGAGGAGCUGCAGGAGUGGAUGAUGCGAGCUGCAGAGGAGAAGGAGAUGAGGAGCAGCAUUGAGACUCAGGGCUUUUUGUCCUACAACCAGAGACUCCUGGAGGAAUACACUCAAAACAGCAAUGAUGUUCUUUCUGAACAGGUAGAUGAUGUCAGCAUCUUCUGUGAUACAGAUCUAACAGUGGAGCGAGAGAACACGGAUGAACCACUGAGGUGGACCUUCAAAGUUGAGACAGAGAGACAGCUGCUGCACGUGGCACUCCUGAAGCAAGAACCUGGAGCUGCCUUCAGCCUCAGUGACAACAGUUCAGCGAUGUACUUACCAGGAAAGGAGUUUUGUAGUGAAGACAUGUGCUUCAGCAUCACUGUGUCCUUCACAUGCAGCCACCCAGGCCUGUAUGAGCAGUGGCUGGUGCUGGAUUUUGACAUGAGGCCAGUGCUCGUAAGAAAACUCAAGGUGCGAGUAGGCCUCCCUCCUUUAGAUGACGAUAAACCACCAAGCUGGAAUACAGGUGCUAUGUUUCAUAAAAGAGAGCGCUGGCACAGAGAGAAUAGAGUGAUUAUCCCCUGUUUAUCACGACAAGAAGAGCAAGAGAAGUUAUCAAAAGAGUACAAGCUUCCUCAAAUGAGCUCUUUCCACAAGGACUCCCAAACUAAGCAACCUCUUUUAAACAACAAGAAUUACAAGGAGUGGAUGCAUCACUUCCUUUUUGCUGAGGAGAAAGCACAGGACCAGAUUGUUUCUAGACUGAACAUUUGUGGAGAACUCACAACAAUGGAAAAACUGAUGCAUCCUAAGUUUGGGAUGGAGUUUCCUCUUCAAGGGGAAUUAUUUGGUGUCAUUUCAGUUCCUUGCAAGUUGACAGUGGAUAGUCCAGAAGGUCUGGUUCUGAAGCAAAGCAUCAACUCAGUUUUAGUUGCCCCGGUAAACACAGACCAUCCACAAACCAAGGUUUAUGAAGCCAGCAUUCUGCCUCUCAAAACCAAAGAAAGCCAGAUCCAUCUGAGACUGUCCAAGCAAUGCUGCUCUGAUUUAGCACUCAAAAGCAGUGAGACGUAUGAAAUGGAGGUGCAGUUUCAGCUUGAUCGCUACAGCUUCUGCAUAUGGCACAAAGCGGUGGAUCUUCUUCCUGACACAACUAGAGUCCUGCCCAACUUUGGGAACUGUGGGGUUCCUGUUGGCAAUGUAACCUUUGAGAAGCUGAACCCAAAGCAGCAAUUAGCUGUUGACUUCAUUCUGGGGGACUGCAACGGCAAAAAGUUUGUGGCACCUCUUCUCAUAUAUGGGCCUUUUGGAACAGGAAAAACCUUUACACUUGCUACAGCAACCAGGGAGCUUUGUAAGCAUCCUCAAAACAAAGUGUUGAUCUGCACCCACACCAACAGUUCGGCUGAUCUUUACAUCAGAGACCAUUUCCAUCCAAUCAUCAGCAGCGAAAAGGAAGGACUGCAGCCGCUUCGUAUUAAAGCAAACAAACAGGGAAGGGCUUUGUUGACCACAGAUGAGAUCACUUUGAAAUACUGUCUUCUAUCUAAAGACAAACACCAGUUUCUUCCUCCCAAAAAAGAUGAUCUGGAUGCCCACAACAUAGUUGUAACAACUACAAGCAUGGCAAAACAUUUUCAUGACCUCAAGCUUCCAGAGGGAUAUUUCACCCACAUUCUUAUUGAUGAGGCCUCUCAGAUGCUUGAGUGUGAAGCACUGCUGGCUCUAGACCUUGCUGGGUCAAACACCAGGAUUGUUUUAGCAGGAGAUCACAUGCAAAUGGGACCCCAGCUCUUCUCUGUGGAUGAUGACCGCCGUUCAGAUCACACACUUCUUACACGCUUGUUCCAUUACUAUCAAGGCCAACUCUGUGAUGCUGCCCAAAGCAGCCGCAUCAUUUUCAGCGACAACUACCGCUCCACUAAAGAAAUUGUGGAGUUCGUCUCCACCCAUUUUUAUGUUGGUAAAACUAAUGUCAUCAAAGCUGCAGGAGAUGUCUCACCUCCAGCAAAUAACCAUGCCCUGAGAUUUCACCAUGUUAGGGGCGACUGUGCCUUGGACAGAUUUUCUAUGUCUUGGUGGAACAUGCAAGAAGUCGUGGAAGUGGCAAAGGUGGUGAAAGACAUUUUGGAACAGUGGCCAUCAACCUGGGGGCAGAUGGAGCAACGAUCUAUCUGCAUCCUGUCAGAAGGCGCCCAAGUUUGGAAAAUUAGACAAGCGUUGUCAAAAACCUUCCCUGAAAUUAAUGUUGAAACUCUGGCAAAUGUUCAAGGGAAACAGUUCAGAGCAGUUAUAAUGACAACUGUGCAAACCCGGGACAGUCUCCAAUCUUCACAUUUGCCUGGUCUGCCCCUGUUUAAUGAUGCCCGUGUGCUCAACACUGCAAUGACCAGGGCUCAGUCUCUGGUGGUUGUAGUUGGUGAUGCUGCUGCCCUUUGCAGCUUUGGAAAAUGUUCAGGAAUCUGGAAAAGUUUCAUAGACCACUGCAUCUGCAACAACAGUGUUGUACCACAGCAUUAUGCCAAAGACUUCUUUGAAAGAGAUGUUAUGGAAACUGUCAGAUUUCAAAAGCAUGAAGCUGUGAAUGACAGCCAUAUUCUCAAUGAUGCCAUUCUUCAAGAACUCAAAGACGAGUAUGAACAGCAGCAAACAGAAAGCAGUUCAGACGAAGAGUCAAGUGAGUCGCAACAUAUCCACAGCGACGUAGAAGAGCUUAUUAAAUUAUGUGAAACACAACCAAGGAAGUACAUACGGGGAAAGUUCAUCAGGGAGGUGUACAACAGAGGCCAUGUCGAACUAUUCAAAAAACCAUGGAAACGUAUUAGCAUUGAGGGUCAAGCAAACAUGAGACAGGCGUUCACUGGAGAUGAGGUGGUCGUCCAGGUAGAGAGAGAGGAACAAAACUCAUCAAAGGGAAAGGUGGUUGGUAUCAUCAGAAAAGACGAAAACGCCCGUCAACUAUUGUGCUUUCUUGAGGAAGAAGAUCACACUAGAAGUGUGAAUUCUUCUAGCAGAUUUGUCCUAAAGAGAAUGAUACCUAUCGAUAAAAGAGCACCCAAGAUAUCCAUAUGUAUCAACAAAAAACAACGCAACUUCAUUCCAGUUUGGGAAGAGAGUGAUGGGACUUGGACUAUUCUACACGCUAAGCAUUCAAACGAAGUCAGAGACAGGAUCUUUGUUGUCCAGGUUUUGGGCUGGAAAAAACAAUGUUUUUAUCCUAUUGGAAGAGUUACAGAUAUUCUUCCAGAAAGUGAUGAUGAGCUGUUGAAAAAGGAGUUUGGAGUUGCAGUCCCUUCAUAUGAGAGCUUUGAGUUGACAGAAAAAGAUGUAACUGAAAGACGUGAUGAUUUAAGAAGUACAAUUACAUUCACUGUUGACCCACCUGAUGCACAAGAUCUGGAUGACGCUAUUAGCGUCAAAGAUCUUGGAAACAUUUAUGAGUUGGAAAUUCACAUUUCAGACGUGGCAAGCUUUGUGGGUGCAAACAGUGAUCUGGAUAGUUAUGCAGAAAAACGGGGUUCUACAUAUUACAACAGAGGGAAAAAACCUACUCACAUGUUUCCUGAAGACUUGAGCACUGGAUGUUUCAGUCUUCUGUCAGGCCAGGAUUGCAGGGUGAUCUCCCUGAUGUUCAGAGUAGAAAAAGAAACGCAUUCAAUCCUUGAAAAGCCCACAUUUCAUCUCUCCCUCAUUAACUCUGACAAGCAGCUGUCAUACGAAGAGGCAGAGAAAAUCAUCACCGAAAGAUACACUGAGAGAUCCAGGUUUGAUACAGUGGAAGACUGUUUGACUGCAGCCUACUGUUUCGCCAAAACCCAAAGAAGGACUCGACUUAAAGACUGGGCUUAUUCUCAGUCUGAUGACGAUAGAUUGCCUGGGAGGCGCAAAGCUCAUCUGAUGAUUGAAGAACUAAGUGUGUUAUAUAACAAACAUGCAUCUGAGUAUUUGACCGACUCCAUGAAAACCAGGUUAUGCACACCCCUCCGCUGCCAGAAGGAACCAGAUCCUGACAAAGUGGAGGAAUUCAAGGAGAAAUGCAAACAUCUGAUCCCCCUUUCUUUUCAUGUUAAGCCCAAAGUUCCAAUUGACGAACCAACCCAAAGACUUGAAGGCUUUCAGGUACUCACAAAAGUAUGGACAUGCAUCCAAGCAGCUGCCAGAGAAAACGACCUUGACAAAAUGGUGGACCUUGUCGCUGCAGAUGACAUUCAUCCUCUGCUUCAGCCAGUCAUCAAUCAGUUCAAGCGGUGCUCCAAUAAAUCUUAUGUGAUCCGCUCAAGCUCCUGCAAAGAAGCCACGGUUGGACAUUACUCUCUGAACAUAAAAUACUACACACAAGCCUCAUCACCGAUAAGACGGUACAUGGAUAUCAUCUUGCAAAGACUUUUGCACUGUGUCAUGUGCGACAAGGAUUGUCAAUACACCCGGAAUCAGAUUACAGCAAUGUGUAGUCAGUUUCAGGAAAGCCUCACCAAAGCCAGAGCCUAUGAGCAAAAAGCUGAGGAGCUGGCCUUUACAGUCAGUACAAGACAUCAAAGUUCCCCAAAGCUUGCUUUAAUCGUUCAUACUGAUAAAGAGGGAGACGGUUUUGAAGUGACAUUUCCCUUCAACAUGAGCGUGUUUCACAGGACUAUGUCAAUCAUGUACGCAGACUUGCAGUUAGAGGACCAGCCUCUUUUUAAUGAAGUAAAUCACGCUGUCACUCUCACGUGGAAAAAACGCAUCUACAUCGCAGAGUCCUCAAAUGUCCAGCUCAACCUGAACACAAUACUGGACUGUGGUCCAUGCGUCAAGAUUCCUCUGGCAGUAUGGAGAGAUGCAAUGGAGGCUAUUGAAAAUCAAGAUUUAGAUUGUGCAAAGUCUCUCUUAUUGCAGGUGAACACCCAACCAUGGGAAAACCCCAUGCUACAGCCUCCCACACCCCUUUCCAAGACCAGUGCUUGUUCCACAGAAAAAAAGCUAAGCGAGUCCUGGACUAAUGUGGACCUCCAGUUGCAACCAGGGGACCGCCUUCAGGUCCAGAUGACAUCUGAAAAAAGACGAGGUUAUCACAUGCCCACAAUUCAGCUUGUGCACAUCAAAAAACAUUUUGAGAUCUGUAUAGACCACGUUCAUAGACCCGUUGUGUGCUUCUCCAAACCUUCAAAUGAUCCGUCAAGGUAUUUUUACAACAAUAUCAACCAGUAUAAAGAGAUCUGGAAACCAUUGUGCGAGAUGGAAUCAGCCUCAACUGCUGUAGAUGAUUGUGAGAGUGUUAUCAUUGAGGACCUGGAGAUAAGCUUCUCUCAAACACAGUGUGACAAGCUGACAGGAACCUUCUUUCUACCAGAACUGUGGACCAGAGAAUUUGAGUUCAGCCUUAGACAUUGCUUUCUUUGCAUUCGCAAAAGAAAUUUAGAGCUGACUGCUGCCUCUGAGUUUUCUACACAAGUAGACCCAACUCAAUUCACAUGGGUGGCACAUGGAGUCACAAGCUAUGUGGAAGAGAAAGAAAAAGACCAAAAAAAAGUUGGAAGCAAAGUAGACUUCUUCAUUAAUCACCUUCCAAUGGAAAACAUUCCGAAAUGUAUUUUUCAGAGCAACACUUGUUUCACAGUUGAAAUCAUCCCCAAACUCUUACCAGACAUCCGGAAAGAGGGCGCAGUUGUCAACCUUGAAAAAGCAUGUGAUCUGGUCAAGAGUAUAAUUCUCCGGAAACGCAUAAAGACACCAGUUGUACAAUACAGUAUGCUGAGAUUUCAAGUCAAGAGAAAAAAACUGCCAGGCGACCUGCCGGAGCUUAAUGACAGUCAAAGUCAGGCUGUGACAACAGCCAUCAAUGAACCCUUUACACUUAUUCAAGGGCCACCUGGAACUGGAAAGACAGUGGUUGGUGUGUACAUAGUGCACUGGUUUCUCGAAAUGAAUUCUAAAACCCCACGGAUCUUUGAUGACCCAUACGACGAACACAGGAACAAAAAAGAAGUCAUUCUCUACUGUGGCCCAUCCAACAAGUCUGUUGAUGUUGUUGCAGAGUACUUGAUGAGGUUAAAGGACAGCCUCAGGCUCCUCAGGGUCUACAGUCACCAUGUGGAAAUGCUUGACUACCCCUAUCCAGACAGCACCCUCCAGUUUUCACCAAAGACCCUCCGCCAAGAUCGCUCUAAACCAGAGCUCAGGAGCAUCACUCUUCAUCACCGCAUGAGAGAGAAUCCAAAUCCUCAUGCAGAUGACAUCAGAAAAUUUGAUGAACGUAUUAGACGUAAUGAAGACUUCACUCAAAAAGAAAUUGAGGAAUACAAAGACCUUCUUAAAAAAGCUCGGGUGCAUGAGCUUGAACAGCAUGAUAUCAUAUUGUGCACGUGCACACAGUCGUCCACUCCCAGCCUGAGUCGGUCUGUCAGCGCACGCCAGAUCCUCAUUGAUGAAUGUGCAAUGGCCACCGAACCGCAGGCACUGAUACCACUUGUCUGCAACAAACCGGAGAAGGUUGUUUUGAUUGGAGACCAUAAACAGCUCCGACCCAUCGUGAAAAAUGAGAGCGUGAAGAAACUUGGGAUGAGCAGGUCUCUCUUUGAGUCCUACUUCAACCAGCUCAGUGAGAAGAAGGCUGUGAUGCUGGACACCCAGUACAGAAUGCACGAGGACAUCUGCGAGUUCCCAUCAGAGAAAUUUUAUGAGGGAAAGUUGAAGACUGCAGUGGAGCCGGCCGCUAGCGUCUUGCGUGUUGACGGCAAAGUGAUGCCUGUGGUCUUUGGUGACAUAGAAGGGGUGACCAUCAAGCUGGUGGUCAAGACUUCCAAAGGCAACAACAACUCCAAAGCCAACUAUGAGGAGCGAGACCAAGUGGUAAGGAUCGUUACAAUGUUGGUGAACAAAGCAAAGGUGGAGCAGAGAAGCAUUGUGGUUCUGUCGCCCUACAAUGCUCAAGUGUCUGAGAUCAGAGAGGAGCUUGGAAAGAACAAUUUGAAACAAAUUACUGUGACCACUAUCACAAAAAGCCAAGGGAGUGAAUGGAGAUAUGUCAUUUUGUCAACGGUGUGCUCGCUCUCGAGCAAAGAGAUCGUGCGUGAGCCUGACGGGGGCUGGUUGUCUAAACACAUAGGCUUUGUGGGGGACCCCAACCAGAUUAACGUGGGUAUCACCAGAGCCAAGGAAGGCCUAUGCAUCAUAGGAAACCAGAAGCUGCUGGCGUGCAGCUCCACAUGGAGAGCCCUCCUGGCUCACUACCGAUGUCGAAAUGCCGUGACCGAAGCAGACAAGAUCUCAGUUUAAAACAGUUGCUGAUCUCCAGCCUUCUCCAUCCAAGUUUCAUUGAAUGAAGAUGUUUGUCAUCCAGCAAUGAUAGAUAUUCCUCUCUUUGAGACAGAGUGUUGGAUUUUAAAAAUGUUUCUUAUGUUUUUUAUCAGCUCUCACAGAUUUUAAUUAAAGUUUAAACUCUUAAAAAAUUA